AUGGAUGUGCCAAAGUUCAACGAACGCGAGAAAGCCCUUGAGAACGACUACAUCCGCCGCAAGGAGGCCGAAAAGUUCAAACCUGCCGCGCCAAUUCAGCCUGGCAAUACCCAAGCCUCAAAUCCGGGGCAGAAUGCCCAAGUGAAGAAAUGA